CCCGCCCGGCGCCUUCCUCCGCGGAGUAGCUGAGCGAGCGCGGCCGGGCGGAGCUGGACGCUGAGCCCACCGCUCCGACGGCGCGGCCCCGGGCCCCUAGGCGCGCGUGUCCGCGCGUGGCACACACCCCCUGGCCUUGUCCUCCCGCGCUGGGACCCAGCGCCCGGCGGCGGCCGCUCCGUCCCCGGCCCGUGCUGCCCUCAGACCCCCGGCGAUGCAGCCGGGUGCCGCCUGGGCGCUGCUGGUGGCCGUGGCCCUGGGGCUUGGGGCGCGCGGGGUGCGUGGCGCGGUGGCCGUCUCAGACUUCUACCCCUUCGGCGAGGAGCAUGGCGACGCCGUCACCCCAAAACAGGACGACGGCGGCUCGGGGCUGCAGCCACUCUCGGUGUCCUUUCCGUUCUUCGGCGUCGAACACUCCGGACUCUACGUGAACAAUAACGGGAUCAUCUCCUUCCUGAAGGAGGUCUCUCAGUUCACCCCAGUGGCCUUCCCCAUCGCCAAGGACCGCUGUGUAGUGGCGGCCUUCUGGGCAGAUGUGGACAACAGGCGUGCAGGCGAUGUCUACUACCGGGAGACCACCAACCCUGUCACGCUGCACCGGGCCACGGAGGACAUCAGGCGCUACUUCCCUGAGCUCCUGGACUUCUCCGCCACCUGGGUAUUCAUUGCCACCUGGUACCGAGUCACCUUCUUUGGAGGCAGCUCCUCUUCUCCUGUCAACACGUUCCAGACCGUGCUCAUCACUGACGGCAAGUCCUCCUUCACCAUCUUCAACUAUGAGUCCAUCGUGUGGACCACAGGCACACACGCCAGCAGCGGGGGCAAUGCCACUGGCCUGGGGGGCAUUGCAGCCCAGGCCGGCUUCAACGCGGGCGACGGGCGGCGCUACUUCAGCAUCCCCGGCUCGCGCACGGCGGACAUGGCCGAGGUGGAGACCACCACCAACGUGGGCGUGCCCGGGCGCUGGGCGUUCAGAAUCGAUGAUGCCCAGGUGCGCGUGGGGGGCUGCGGCCAUACAACUUCCGUGUGCCUGGCCCUGCACCCUUGCCUCAACGGCGGCGAGUGCAUCGAUGACUGUGUCACCGGCAGCCCUUCCUACACCUGCGCCUGCCCCUCAGGCUUCACAGGCCGGAGGUGCCACCUGGAUGUGAAUGAGUGCACUUCCCACCCAUGCCAGAAUGGUGGGACCUGCACCCACAGUGCCAACACCUUCAGCUGCCAGUGCCCAGCCGGCUUCAGGGGACCCACCUGUGAGACAGCCCAAUCCCCCUGUGACACCCAAGAAUGUCUAAAUGGCGGCCAGUGCCAGGCAGAGAGCGGCUCUGCGGUGUGUGCAUGCCUGCCUGGGUACACAGGGGCAGCCUGCGAGACAGAUAUGGACGAGUGCAGCUCUGCCCCCUGCCUGAAUGGAGGCUCGUGUGUCAACCUGGUGGGGAGCUACACCUGCAUGUGCGCACAGGCCUUCACAGGCCCUCGCUGUGAAACAGGAAGCCACCCAGCACCUGACUCCUGCCUCUCGGCCCCUUGCCAGAAUGGGGGCACCUGUGUGGAUGCGGAUCAGGCCUUCGUGUGCGAGUGCCCUGAAGGCUUCAUGGGCCUGGACUGCAGGGAGAGAACCCCCAGCGACUGUGAGUGCCGCAAUGGAGGCAGGUGUCUGGGCACCAACACCACCCUGUGCCAGUGUCCCCCGGGCUUCUUUGGGCUCCUCUGUGAGUUUGAAGUCACAGCCAUGCCCUGCAACAUGAACACACAGUGCCCAGAUGGGGGCUACUGCAUGGAGUACGGGGGGAGCUACCUCUGCGUCUGCCACACUGACCACAAUGUCAGCCACUCCCUGCCGUCGCCCUGUGACUCGGACCCCUGCUUCAACGGAGGCUCCUGUGAUGCCCAGGAAGACUCCUACACGUGCCAGUGCCCGCGCGGGUUCCAGGGCAGGCACUGCGAGAAAGCCCGGCCAUAUCUAUGCAGCUCGGGGCCCUGCCGCAACGGGGGCACGUGCACGGAGGUGGGCGGAGAGUACCACUGCAGUUGCCCCUACCGCUUCACCGGGAGGCACUGUGAGAUCGCUGGGUGCCUUCUCCUUCCAGGGAAACCAGACUCAUGCGCCUCCGGCCCCUGUCACAAUGGUGGCACCUGCUUCCACUACAUUGGCAAAUACAAAUGUGACUGUCCCCCAGGCUUCUCUGGACGGCAUUGUGAGAUAGCGCCCUCACCCUGCUUCCAGAGCCCAUGUGUGAAUGGGGGCACUUGUGAGGAUCUGGGCUCUGAUUUCUCCUGCCACUGCCAAGCAGGGUACAUGGGACGCCGGUGCCAGGCAGAGGUGGACUGUGGCCCCCCAGAGGAGGUGGAACAUGCCACACUGCGCUUCAAUGGCACUCGGCCAGGCUCAGUGGCCCUGUACGCGUGUGACCAUGGCUACAGCCUGAGUGCCCCCAGCCACAUCCGGGUCUGCCAGCCACAAGGUGUCUGGAGUGAGCUUCCCCAGUGCCAAGAGACAAACAAGUGCCAAGCAGGGCCCUGCCGAAAUGGGGGCUCCUGCAGGGACCUUCCAGGGGCCUACAUCUGCCAGUGCCCCGCAGGCUUUGUUGGCGUCCACUGCGAAACAGAGGUGGAUGCCUGCGAUUCCAGCCCCUGCCAGCAUGGAGGCCGGUGCGAGGGCGGUGGUGGGGCCUACUUAUGCGUGUGUCCAGAGGGAUUCUUCGGCUACCACUGUGAGACAGUGAGUGAUCCCUGCUUCUCCAGCCCCUGUGGGGGCCAUGGCUACUGCCUAGCCGGCAAUGGGUCCCACAGCUGUACUUGCAAAGUGGGCUACACGGGCAAGGACUGUGCCAAAGAGCUCUUCCCGCCAACGGCUCUCAAGGUGGACAGGGUGGAGGAGAGUGGGGUCUCCAUCUCCUGGCACCCUCCCGAAGGCCCAGCCGCCAGGCAGGUGCUGGACGGCUAUGCAGUCACCUACGUCUCUGCCGACGGCUCCUACCGCCGCACAGACUUUGUGGACAGGAGCCGCUCCUCGCACCAGCUCCGGGCUCUGGCACCUGGCAGGGCUUACAACAUCUCUGUCUUCUCUGUCAAGCGCAAGGCCAGCAACAAGAACGACAUCAGCAGGCCAGCCGUGCUGCUCGCCCGCACGCGCCCCCGCCCUGUUGAAAGCUUGGAGGUCACUAAUGUGACGGCCAGCACCAUCUCAGUGCAGUGGGCUCUGCAUAGAAUCCAUCAUGCCACCGUCAGUGGAGUCCGAGUGUCCAUCCACCAUCCUGAGGCCUCCAAGGACCAGUCCACUGAUAUGGACAAGAGUGUGGACAGGUUCACAUUUGGGGCCCUGCUGCCAGGAAGGAAAUACACCGUCCAGGUGACCACCCUCAGUGGGCUCUGGGGUGAGGAGCAUCCCACUGAGAGCCUGGCCACUGCCCCGAUGCACGUCUGGACCCGUCCUUUGCCUCCAGCUAACCUGACUGCCACCCGGGUCACAGCCACUUCUGCCCAUGUAGUGUGGGACACCCCCACUCCAGGUGACUUGCUGGAGGCUUAUAUCAUCAACGUGACCACCAGCCAGAACACAAAGAGCCGCUAUGUCCCCAAUGGGAAGUUGGCGUCCUACACGGUGCGUGACCUGCUGCCUGGGAGGCGCUACCAGCUGUCUGUGACAGCCGUGCAGAGCACAGAGCAUGGCCAGCUGCACAGCGAUCCUGCCCACCUCUACAUCAUCACCUCCCCCAGGGAUGGUACCGACAGACGCUGGCCCCAGGGAGGACACCACCCACGGGUGCUCAGGAACAGGCCACCCCCUGUGCGCCUGCCAGAGCUGCAACUGCUCAACGACCACAAUGCCCCCGAGCCGCUCUCCCCACCCUCCAGGUUCUCUGAGCUUGUGGAUGGCAGAGGAAGAGUGAGCGCUAGGCUCCGAGUCUCCACACAACCACAACCCACAGUCCUGGUGCAGCCUGAGAACGUGGAGGAGACCCCUAAGCAGAUCAGCCUGGCCCUGCAGUUCCCUGAACGCAGUGACAAGGACAUCAAAACUGCCCCAGGGAAUUGCUCAGGAAGCCCCUGUCAGAAUGGAGGCACAUGUGUGCAGGGCACUGGGACUCACAGCUGUGACUGUGCACCAGGCUUCAAAGGCAGACGCUGUGAGCUCGCCUGCAAAAAGGUGCCUCGCCCCUGCACUCGGCUGUUCUCGGAGACAAAGUCCUUUCCAGUCUGGGAGGGUGGCGUCUGUCACCACAUGUAUAAAAGAGUCUACAAAGUUCACCAAGACGUCUGCUUCAAAGAGAGCUGUGAAGGCACAAGCCCCAAGAAAGCCCCAAACAGGAAACAAAGUAAGAGUCAAACACUGGAGAAGCCCUAAGCCCAGAAUUCCCCAAACUUCUCUGGCAACCAGAUCCCCAUCCUGCUCCUACCACCCCACACGCAAACUCUGUUGAACCUUAAAGAACAGUGGUAUUCUUCACAACAGUUUGGAAAUCCUUGGGUUAUACUGUAGAAACCUACAGCCUGUGAUCGGUUUCAUGCCAAGUGAAAUUUUCUUCUCAACAUGUCACCAGGAAUGAAAGACGAAUUUCUGGUUGGCCUAAGACAGCUCACAACUCACAUUCCUUAACAUAGUGUAAAUGCCACCUCCCUGAUCCUGAAGGAGAGGAAUGGGGCACCCUUGUGCAACAAAAAUCUUACGUGGCUAAGGAAAUACAGGAGAAAUGUCGCUCAGAGACCUUUAAAACAACCAGAAGCAAGGGAGCUCCUCAGGCAAGGUCUGCCCUGAAGGAAGAAUGCCCAGACCAGCCAGGGAUGGAGGGCUGCAGCUCCAGGGCAUCAAGUCAGCACAGGGGUGACCAUGGGCAUCUGUUUGUUCCCUCUGUGAAAAACUUCCAUGUGUCGGACAGCAGCGCCAGCAUUCAGCUCCUGUCCACUCAAAGGCAUCAAUUUGAUGCCUCCUACCUCAGCCUCCAAGGACACCCCCACAGGCUUGCAGGCAACUUACUACAGUCAUGUGUCAUUCAACUGUGGGGACGUGUUCUGGGACGCGUCAUUGAACAGUUUCUUUGUGCAGGAACAUGAGGUACAUGUACAUGGCCUGCUGCACACCUCGGCCACACGGCAGAGCCCGCUGUCUGGCUUCACAGCAGUGAGCACAUCCCUGUGCUGGGUGCUGUGGGCAGUGCCCGAGCAAAGUUCUGCAUGUCUAAUCCUGAUCAAACACAGGAAAGUCACAGUCAAAAUGUGACCCUAAGACAAACGUUGUGUGUGUCCGGGCAUUGCCCCGAGAGGCUGCAGGGUGGGGCUGUUGGGAUUUACCCAUGGGUGGGCACAGUGGGGCCAGACACUUCUGUGCACAGCUGUGUGCUUGUGAACACCACACUGAGACUACUUACACUGAAUUUAUAAAAAAAAAAGUUUUUCUUUCUUCAAUAACAGAUUAACCCUAGCUUACUGUAACUUUUUUACUUGGUAAACUUUUUAAUUUUUUUAACUUUUUGACUUUUAUAAUAAUGCUUAACUUAAAACACAAGGUACAGCUAUAGAAAAACAUUUUUCUUUCUUUAUAUCCUUUUUCUAUAAAACUUUUAAAACUUUUUUACUUUUUAAACCUCUUCAUUAAAAACAAAGACAUAGUUGAUACCGAUAAUCUCAGCACUUUGGGAGGCCACGGCAGGAGGAUCACUUGAGGCCAGGAGUUCAACGGAGCAAGAACCCAUCUCUGCAAAAAAUUUAUAAAAUAGCUGACCACGGUGGCACACGUCUAUCGUCCCAAUUACUCGGGAGGCUGAGGUGGAAAGACCAUUUGAGCCCACCAGCUGAGGCUGCAGUGAGCUGUGCUCACACCACUGCCACUUCAGCCUGUGCAAUAGAGCAAGACCCUGUCUCAAAAAAAUUAAAAAAGACAGAAGUACACACGAGCCCAGGCCUACACAGGGUCAGGGUCAUCAGCUCCACUAUCCUCACCUCCAUGUCUUGCCCUACCAGACAGCCUUCAGAGCAGUAAUGCGCAUGGAGCUGGCCUCUCCUGUAACCAGGCCUUCUGGAGACCUUCUGAAGGAUCUGCCUCAGGCUGCUUUGAAGUUAUAUUCUUGGCCAGGCGUAGUCACUCACGUUUGUAAUCACAGCACUCUGGGAGGCCGAGGCAGGAGGAUCCUUUGAGCUCACAAGUUUGAGACCAGCCUGAGAAAGAGCAAGACCCCGUCUCCACCAAAAAUAGAAAAAAUUGCCGGGCAUUGGGAUGGCGCCUGUAGUCCCAGCUACUCAGGAGGCUGAGGCAGGAGGAUCUCUUGAGCCCGAAAGUUGCAGGUAAUAGUGAGUUAUGAUCGCUCCACUGGGUUCUAGCCUGGGUGACAGAGUGAGAUUCUGUCUCCAAAAAAAAAAAAAAAAAAGCUAGAUUCUUUUUUUAUAAAUAGCAAUAUACUAUAAAACAAUGAUAAAAGUCAUAGUACAGUAAAUACAUAAACUGCUAACAUUAGCCACUUUCAUCACCGUCAGCACCACGCUCUGUCACUGCAUGUGCUGCGUCCCCAGGUGCCAGCAGCGUGGUUUGCUUACACCAUCAACCACAAACACGAGAGUGAUGUGUCUCAAUGCGAUGUGAUGACACGUGGAUGGAGAUGACUGCACUAGGACCAAGCCCACACACACAAUUUGAGUUUGACGCAUUCCUGGGGCAGUAAGUCACCUCACAUUAUCAAUGUAUCUAUUAAAAACUUGCUCAGCAAACCCGUUUCUAUAAAAGCAAAUCAGAAACCUCCCAUUAUUAUAUUGUCAAGUACUAGCUUACAGAAUGCCUAUGAACAUAAAAAAGCAGCAAACAGAAACACACCCUCCCACACAUCUCUCCAAGAACUUAAGAAUUUACCUCCAUCCAGAGCAACUGAACACACCUGUGUCCUCACAGGGAAGACCGGGGUCACCACCACAGGGAGGGCAGCAGGGAAAGGCAGCCGUCUUCAAACCCACAGGCUCAAUACUGCAGAUGUGAGGUGCAGCCAGUGCUCCUCAGACCUGCCCCCACACCCUCUGCCACCGUAGGGUGCUGAUGCUCUGACAGAACUGGUCUUCUGGGGCAGAGACCCUACAACCUGCACAACAUGACUAGGAGACGCAGGCAACAGCCAUCUAAAGAGCAGGUGUGACUAUGGUUCUCCUUACACCUUUUUCUCUCCAAAGGAUUUAGGAUGUUCUUGUUACACUCUGCCAACCUCGAGUUAUUAAAACGCAGAAAGACAAAAGGGCUAAAAAUUGGAUUGAAAAAGAUACCCUGAGAGACAAGAUCCUGGCUGGAGUCAGUCCUCUCUGUCACCUCCCUCCUCAGGCCUGUAGAAGCUGGGUGCAAUCACCAGCCCACACUGGGAGAUGCCCGAGACCAGGCUACGAGUCCUGUGCAGCAUGUAAGCAGCCCAUGCUGUGAUCUGUGCAUGGGGUAGUCUGCACCUUUCUGCAAGAGGCAGCAACAUGCCAUCAGUGGGGCCUGGUGAACGCUUGGCCAGUCACACCUCCGUAGUCUUCAGACACCCACGCUCAAAUUCCAACGGCAGAGGAAGAUUCUCCCUUUGAGACCGAACCAACUGAGGAGGAGCUGCCAAGGACUGGGGUGGGAGGGGCAGAGCCACCUCACCCUGCUCUGGUCCACCUGUUGCCUAUGCUGACUGUCCUGCUAACCGUGACCCUGGCAGGGACUUGUGCCCUGAGAGAGGAGAUGCCGAUGAGCACGUAGGUGGAGUGUGGACACUCCAGUCUGCAGCAGGGCUGGCAGGCUGCUCUGUAAAGGGCCGGACAGAAAAUAGUUGGGGCACUGCAGGCUAGAGGUCCCUGGGGCAGCUGCUCAGCUCUGCUGUCGUAGCACAGACAUAGGCCAGACCUGUGACUGUGUGGGUAUGGCUGUGUCCCAAGAGAACUUUAUUUAUGAAAACAAGUGGUGGCCAAACCAGCCCUUCAGCCAUAGCUGGCAAACCCCUGGUCUUCAGGCUUCUGCAGCCUUCCCCUGGUUGACAAGUCUCCAGCAAGGCACCAAAGACCCCUGAAUUUUCAUGGCGGAUGCUAUCCAGACCUACCUGGAAAGCCCAGGGCCAGCUAGGCUCUUCUUACAUGUCUCAGGGCAACAGAGACAGACCCUAGGGGCAGGAUAAUGGUCAAGGUUCCUUUCGGUCCACGACUUGGAGCAAACGCAGGUUUAGCAGCCCCUAUCUCACAGAACACUGUCUUCUCACCACAUCUGCUUCCCAGCACACUCCAACCAGCUCUGUCUUCUCUCUGCAAAUCCCACCUCUUCUCUUGCUGAGUCUUAAGACAGCUGACCCAAAUGGAAACCAGGGACUCUGCUGUAUCUCCCUGACUCUGAACAAAGGGCAUCCCAGCUGCAAAAGGGGCCUCCGAGUUCCUUACUUGCUUUGGUGAAAAAGUUUUUUGAAGGGUUGGAGUGUAUUUUAGGCUAUUUUUUAUUAAAAUUUUGUGUGCAUAUGUCUGUGUAUCACGCAAUUUGUUAUUUUCAGGAAGGAGGAGUCAUUUUGAGAAGUCUCUACUGUACUGCAGAGACAUCUCCAGUGUCCCAAGACCCACCAGGAGCAGCAGGCAGGGCUCGGGGGGCUGCACACUGGGUGAGCAGAGCAGAUUGUGUGCACAGACGCGUGCUGCCGGGACCUGUCCAUGCCAAUCCAUGUGAGCGCAGCAUUGCUAGCAGAUGGUGAUGUCACUGGAGAAGUACAUAAAUCUUUCUACUUUGGAACUUUCUACUUUGACCUCAAGCCCCUUAGCCAUACAGUGAAGCUGACACACUCCAGGUUUUAGCUUAGAAGCUUUGUUUCAACAAGAAAUGGUCUACUGAAUCCUGAGCCUGGUGCCGGGUUGUCACGACUGCCCCUUUUUUGAUGUUUUACAAAUUAAAUGUCUAGUAAAAAGACUUCCUGAUGCUGAAAGAAUUAUACUUUAUUCUCAAAGCAUUCCAAAUAAGCCACCAUUGUUUUUCUCCAUGGUUCCCUCUUAAAACUCUAACGUCUUCCUUGAAAAUACCCAAAGUCUACUCAAGGAAAUUAGUAAUAACAGAAUUCAAAAGUUAUCAGGUCCAUGAAGAUUUAUUUCUGUCAAAAUAAAAUAAAUCAUGAGUCACUGAGUUAACCAUUUGCUUAUCAACACUUGGGAUGGGCUCACCCUAAAAUCAAACACAGAUUUUGGAUUCUACUUAGUCCUCUGACUGGGCACAAAAACAACAUCCCAAGUGCCGGGGAAAGUGGCAGUCACUUGAAUGCCACAAAAUGAAAGAGUAAAUGAAAACACAGGCACAGGGCGGCGCCUGUGGCUCAGUCGGUAGGGCGCCGGCCCCAUACACCGAGGGUGGCGGGUUCAAACCCGGCCCCGGCCAAACUGCAACCAAAAAAUAGCCGGGCAUUGUGGCGGGUGCCUGUAGUCCCAGCUACUCGGGAGGCUGAGGCAAGAGAAUCGCUUAAGCCCAGGAGUUGGAGGUUGCUGUGAGCUGUGUGAGGCCACGGCACUCUACCAAGGGCCAUAAAGUGAGACUCUGUCUCUACAAAAAAAAAAAGAAAACACAGGCACAGAGUGAGAAGUCUUCAUUUCCUUCUCCCAUUGCACAUAGGCUGUCGGGUGUCUGAGAGGGGGUCUUCACCUGCCCUCUGCCUCCCACAGACUCUGUCAGGCAGGGCCCACCCACUACACCCCCAGUGGGAACGCCUCCCACUGCAGACCACCGCCACCAACACCCGACUCAAGAUGUGGAGAGAGGCACUGAACUGCUGCUUUUCUUUCACAGAAAAUGUCUU